CGCGAUCCCAUCUGCUUGCUACCUUCAAUUUGGAUGAACUGAAUUGAACUGAGGCUGGCCACAAGACAAUAACCGAAGACAUCCGCAGCUACCCUUUUUUUUUUUUUUUUCAAGUCUUUGUUUUGAUUUUACGCGAACCAUACACCAAGCACGAGAACAUCAUUAUCAGAGGGUCUAAAAUCAAUCCGUUUUAGUCUGACUUUGUUUGGACAAACCGAGUAUACGGUAAUGCAAUAGAUCCGCAUCCGGAUGAAACCACUAUAGACAAAAACAAAAAAACGACAAAACGAACACAUACGAUGCGGUCAUCACCUCUCCUACUGCUCGCGAGCUUUCUCAGCGUCGCCAUUGCGCACGGCGACCACGGCGGCCACGGGAAAAAGCCCGAGGUGCCAGCGGACGCCUCGUGGAUGGACAAGCACAUGGCCGAGGAGCACCACGCAGACCACUGGGACGCCGCCUCCUUCUUCACCCUGCACGACUUCAACAGCGACGGCCACCUGGACGAUUCGGAGCUGCUGCGGACCUACGGCGUCUUUGACGAAUCCAACAAGCACGUCACCAAAGAGCGCAAGGAGGAGAUCACCAAGCAAUUGAUGGCUUUGUUGGAUACGGACCACGACGGAGUUGUCGACCACGACGAGUUCUUGGAAUUUAUCCACCUGGGCAAGACGCUGCCUGAUUUGGGCUUGGGGCCGGGGCACCAUGGUGAUGACGAGUACGAGUAUGAGAUACAUCACUGGGAGAAGUACCAUGACGAGAACACAAAGUUGGAGGAUCUCACGCAUCCCGAAGAUAUAAAGCACUUUGAACAUCACGAGAAGAUGGAAUUGGAGCAGGAGAAGAUUGACAAGAUGAUGGCAACAAGCCAAAUCGUGCUUGAAAACAUUCCGAGCAAGUUCAGGAGGCAAGGGCAAUAAUAUCAAGACGGGAUGAAUAUAAUAACUUAAUAAUCACGACCAAUUUUCCUAUA